AUGGAUAUCUUUAGAGUGCUAACAAGAGGUGCUUCUGUCAAGAAGAAGGAUAAUAGUAAAAAGCAAAGUUCUGUUGAUUAUAGUUUAAGUAAAUCGAAUCAUACAAAUUUGAAAACUCCUGGGAAAAAUGAUAAACUAGCAAAUAUACAAAUGGAUAGAGAAUUGGAUUUCUUCAGAAAUAAAAAAAUAUUCCAUAAAGUUACUGAUUCUAAACUAGGAGACAGUGAUCAGGAAACUUUAUCGAAAUCUGAACCAGCAGUAGAUGGAAACGAAGAAGAUGAAACGGAAACAUUCGAUGUACAACCGAAAAUUACAAAUGCGAAAGAUGCAUUAGAAUUACGUAAAUCAUAUAAGGGGAACGUUACAGGUCAAGAUAUACCGUUACCAAUUGGAUCAUUUGAAGAUCUUAUAACAAGGUUUUCAUUCGAUAAAAGAUUAUUGACCAACUUAAUUGAGAAUCAUUUCACUGAACCAACGCCAAUUCAAUGUGAAAGUAUCCCAUUAGCUUUGAAUUCUCGUGAUAUAGUUGCGUGUGCACCAACUGGUUCUGGUAAAACUUUAGCAUUCUUAAUACCAUUAUUACAACAAAUCAUCAAUGAUAAAGAAACGUUAGGUUUAAAAGGGUUAAUCAUUUCUCCAACAAAGGAAUUGGCAAAUCAAAUAUUUAUUGAAUGUAUUAAAUUAUCAAAUAAAAUUUUCCUUGAUAAAAAACGCCCAUUACAAAUUGCAUUAUUAUCAAAAUCAUUAAGUGCAAAAUUGAAAAAUAAAGUUAUAAACGAAAAGAAAUAUGAUAUUAUCAUUUCCACACCAUUAAGAUUAAUUGAUGUAGUCAAGAAUGAAGCAUUAGAUCUAUCUAAAGUAAAGCAUUUAAUAUUUGAUGAAGCAGAUAAAUUAUUCGAUAAGACUUUUGUAGAACAAACUGAUGAUAUCUUGAGUUCAUGUACAGAUAAUAGUCUUCGUAAGGCAAUGUUUUCAGCUACCAUACCAUCGAAUGUCGAGGAAAUUGCCAAUUCAAUAAUGUUAGAUCCCAUUAGAGUCAUUAUUGGUCAUAAGGAAGCUGCAAAUAUGAAUAUUGAACAAAAAUUAGUAUUUUGUGGUAAUGAAGAAGGGAAACUGAUUGCAAUUAGACAAUUAGUUCAAGAAGGUGAAUUCAAACCACCAAUUAUUAUUUUCUUAGAGUCAAUUACAAGAGCUAAGGCAUUGUAUCAUGAAUUAAUGUAUGAUAGAAUGAAUGUUGAUGUCAUUCAUGCAGAAAGGACUGCGUUACAAAGAGAAAAAAUCAUUGAAAGAUUUAAGAGUGGUGACCUUUGGUGUUUAAUUUGUACAGAUGUCCUUGCUAGAGGUAUUGAUUUCAAAGGUGUUAACUUAGUCAUUAACUAUGAUGUGCCAAGAACCGCACAAGCUUAUGUCCAUAGAAUCGGUAGAACAGGGAGAGGUGGUCGUUCCGGUAAAGCCAUCACGUUAUACACCAAGCAAGAUUCAUUAGCAAUUAAACCUAUCAUAAAUGUCAUGAAACAAAGUGGAUGCGAAGUUGCUGAAUGGAUGAAUAACAUAUCUAAGAUUACCAAAAAGGAAAAGGAAGCCAUUAAGAGAGGUAAAAGUCAUACAGAAAGAAAACAAAUUAGUACGGUCCCAAAAAUCGAUAUUCUUAAGAAAAAGAGGAAACAAGAAAUGAUUCAAGCUUCAAAGAGAAGAAAAUUGGAAGAACACCAGUGA